AAACUUGAGGGCCAAAAACUCUAUUUUUCCCUUUAUUUUUCCUUUUCUUUUACUGUAGCACUUCUUCACCCGGCACUGGCAGAUAAUUUCUCUUCGCACAAUCUCUGAAGAAGAUGAAGGAAUCUGGAAUGGCUCUGAUUCGUAGAGUAAUUGCUGCUAAUCAUGGUUACGGUAUUUAUGCCGAUCCUUUUUCUCUCUUCCGUUCAAGUUUUCAUAGUUUCGGUGAAAAAGAUAUGCCCUUUUCACCCAAUCCCAGAAUCGAUUUGAGUUGUAUUAAAGAAGCAGACGACGCCAUUUUCUUGUUUCGUGAAAUGGUAAGAAUGCAGCCACAGCCUCCCGUCUUCGAAUUCACCAAACUAUUGCAAGCUGUUUUCAAGAUGAAGCAAUACUCUGUUGCUCUUCAACUGUUCGACGAAAUGCGUCAAUGGGGCGCCCCUGUAAAUGAGUACACAAUGAGCAUCUUGAUUAAUUGUUGUAGCCUUUUGAAUAGGGUAGACCUUGGUUUCGCUAUCUUCGGCUGCUUCUUUAAACACGGUUACGAGUCAAACGUCGCGACAUUCACCACUCUCUUGAAAGGGCUCUUUCUAGUCGAUAAAGUGGCCGAGGCAGAAAAAUUGUUCAAGAAAAUUUUGACAUUGAAACUUUGUGAGCCUAACGAUGUUAUGAUUCUUACGGUGAUAGACGGGUUCUGCAAAUCCGGACACGUUCUUACUGCCCACAAUUUGCUCUCGGCAUUCGAAGAAACAAUCUACAAACCCAAUGCCAAAGCUUAUACCACAGUAAUCGACGGCUUGUGCGAUUUCGGUAGAUGGAAGGAGGUGAAAGACUUAUUAAAAAGAAUGGUCAAUCACAAGAUACCUUUAGAUGUUGUUACGUUUAGUAUAUUGGUCGACGCACUUUGCAAGGAAGGAUCUAUCGAAGAGGCUGAGGAUGUUUUGAAAAUCAUGAAACAACAAAACGUAUGUCCGAAUAUUAUCACUUACACCGCACUGAUCGGCGGGUACUGUUUGCAAGGGAAAAUGAAAAAAGCAAGACGAGUAUUCGAUUCGAUAGUGGACAAGGGCUUUAAGCCAUCUGUUGUCACCUACGGCACUUUCAUCAACGGGUACUGUUUGCAAGGGAAAAUGAAAAAAGCAAGACGAGUAUUCGAUUCGAUAUUCGGCAAGGGCAUUAAGCCAUCUGUCGUCACAUACAACACUUUAAUCAACGGGUAUUGCAAGAAGGGAGAAGUCGAUGAAGCUUGGCGUCUUUUUCUCGAAGUUUCUUCUAAAGGUUUAGAGCCCACGACGGUUACCUAUAGCGCUAUGAUACAUGGAUUACUUAGUAAAGGCAGAAUUGGCGAUGGAUGGAAACUGUUUAACGAUAUGGAAGCUCGACAAGUGCGCCCUAAUUUAGUUACUUACAAUAUUUUGCUCGAUAGCUUGUGCAGGAACCGACAGAUUGCUGAAGCAUUUUCGUUUCUACGCAUGAUGGAGGAUAAAGGGGUAACUCCGAAUAUAAUCACUUACGGUAUCCUCAUUAGUGGUUUGUGUAAAGAUGGGAAACUUGACGACGCGAGAAAUCUUUUGAACGGACUUCCUUCGAAAGGUUUGCAACCUAAUGAUUAUAUGUAUAACAUCGUUAUUGGUUCACUUUGUCGAGAAGGGUUAGUAGAGGAGGCGAAAGGUUUGCUUAUAAUCAUGGAGAGAAGUGGUUGUGUGCCCGAUACCGUGACGUACAACCACAUUAUCCAAGGUUUGCUAAAGAGGAAUGAAAUUUACAAGGCAAUGCCGUUCUUAGAGGACAUGUCGGAAAAGGGAUUCUUUGCCGAUGCAGCUACCUCGUCCAUGUUGAUUAAUCACCUGCAAGGAUCCGAGAAAAAUGACAUUCUUCACGAAAUGAUUAAGAAAGUUGUGCCGAAAAUAUAAAAUUAUCUAUUUGGGCUUCGGUAGAUGGAAACUGGGAGUCUAGGAGCGAUAAAUUUCGCCUUUUAGUGCAAGGUGAAAUAGUUAACCCAUCUAAUUUAGAAAAUUAUGUAUAUAUCCCUAUAAGUUUGAUAUUAGCUAAUACUUAACUCAUUUGACCAUUGACUUUUUUUGAAAUUCUAUUUUUUUACCCUUCACCAAAUAUUGAUUGAAUUAAAUGGUCCCCAAGGUUAAAUCUAGUUCCGUAGAUAUCCCUUGUAUUUCAAAAAAUAUUACAGAAAACUCCCUUAAAGUUUAAUUUUAGGGUAAAUUGCACCUACACCCCUGAGGUG